CAAUAUAACUUCAAAACAAACUGUAACACAAAUGAAUAACCAUAUUAUAGAAAUGACUAGCACAACUCCUUUCUAUUCACAAAGUCCAAGUACUAUAUCAGUAAAUCAGGAGAACAUUGUAACCCAAGAGGUUUUAGUCUCUACCUAUAAAACAUCUAACGACAUGGAAAAAAAUACUUCUAAUUAUCUGAAUCCAGGGGAUAUUUUAAGCCAAGGCAAUGGUAUAAUAUUUCUAGAAUCAGGGAGUAGGGCACAGCCACCUCCCUUAGUAUUAUGUGCUAUAGAAUCAGCAGCUCGUGUAUAUAGUGAUAGGCCAAUAGUUUUCUUCAUAAAUGGUUUGCCAGAAAUAAAUACUAAUGAUGACGAGAACAGAACAAGGAAGAGAUUUCCAACUAUUUCAUAUCUGCAGAAUGUCUACAUAUUCCCUUUGAAAAUGAAGGAAGUUUUUAAAGAUACGCCGCUCUUUCCAUGGUAUCAAAAGAUCGAUCCCACACGGCAAAAACACUGGAUGCACGUCAGUUCAGAUGGCUGUAGGUUGGCCUUAAUUUGGAAAUAUGGUGGAAUUUACAUGGAUACUGACAUCAUCUCAGUGCGACCCAUUCCAGAGAAGACAUUUCUGGCAGCUUUGUACUCACAAGAUUCCAGCAACGGUGUUUUUGGAUUACCUCCCCGUCACAAUUUCACAUGGACUGCAAUGGAGGAUUUUGUAAAGAAUUACAAUGGAGCAAUAUGGGGACAACAAGGCCCACAACUCUUCACACGUACUCUGAGGAAAUAUUGUGUCAUUCCUAAUUUUACAGCUGUUGAAGAUAUUAUAUGUGGAAACAUCUCCUUUUUAAAUCCACAGCGUUUCUAUCCUAUUCCGUAUCCAUCUUGGAGGUUGUACUACAAAGUCUGGGAAAAAAUUCCAACGUUUAAUGACUCUUAUGCUUUACAUCUCUGGAACUACAUGAACAAAGAUGUUAUGACCAUGGUCCCAGGCAGUAAUACAUUGGUGGAUAAUCUCUAUAAACAACACUGUCCCAUUACCUAUGGAGCCCUCCUAAGUAAUGAGUCUAUAUACCUUUAGCUGUGUUUAUCAUAAACGGAUGCAAACGCCUUAUUAGUGUAUAAAAGGAGUUAAGUUGCUGCAACAUUGCAAAUUGUUAAAUACUACUAUUGAUACUUUCUCAUAUCAUAGAAUAUAGCAAAACUUUGGACCUAUAGCCAAAAAAACAGAACAAAGACUGAAUGACAG